UAUGAUGGCGUGCAUGUCGGUCCUCAUUAUUUACUUGGGAGAUGGAAGCUUUAACUUUUUCCGUUGUCUUAUCGCAAGCAUCAGGACUUGCCGGCGUUAAGAUUACAGGAAGUCCUCUCAACCACCAUAAUCGGCAAUUGGGCAAUGGAGUUUGAAACCCCCUCCAGGUUAUGAUGACCAGCUCAGCUCCCAGCACGCCUUUUUUUUUUGGUUUUUUUUUUUUAAAGUCAUGGAGUAUUAAAAAUUAUAUUGCCAGCGUUAUAACGGGAGCAAGUCAAACUUCAUUGGUACCUCACCCAAGAUUUUUAGCGGGUUCUACAAUCGGUAGAUACUUGACGGGGCCGUCCCUGCCUUCAGUUUAUCCAGGUCCACCACUAUCUACUUCUUCCACCUCCGCUUAGGGUCGCACUGUAGAGGGAAAUAACGCAUGGUGCUUGUAAAAAUUUAUACUUGUAGAACAUGUUUGUGUUUGCUCUUUUCCAACCCCUCUAUGCGUCCCCUUUACCCUUCAGCUUGCCUUGCCCUGAAAGAAAAAAAACCAUGAUGAUCGUGUAGACAUGUCGUUAGUAUUAGAGACGUCGUCUGGAAAGAGUGGGUGGGGGUCCGACUAGUAGACGUCCAGCUAUGUCAUAUCGAAACUUGAGAAUUCAAUCAAUUUAUGGUAAUUACUAGUAAUCCAGCCAGUUCAGUAGAUCCAUACUUUA